AUGUAUACCGUUCUACGAAAUUCUGUUUUGCUCUCUUCCAAACAUAUUGGACUUCAACCUGUUUAUUCGCAAACACAUACUUUUAUAAAACAGCAUCGUUUAUAUGCCGUUUCGCCCGGGAAAGUUAUACCCUUACCACUUGUUCCCACAGUAGUUUCUAGAUACGCAAGUCAUGAGAGAACAAUGCCUAAAAGGGUUUCGGAUUACAUGUCACGUGUAUUCUUUGAUAAUGUGCACUUCUAUAUUAUGUUGGGUCUUGUUCCUUCAUUGCUUCUAAUAUUUUUUGUCAACUUAUUUAUUGGGCCAGCGGAGUUGACGGACAUACCAGAGGACUAUGAACCGCGUUAUUGGGAGUAUCACAAACACCCUAUUACUCGCUUCAUUGCUAAGUACAUGUGCGAACAUCCUCAGAAGUUGUAUGAAUCUUCUUUAGCGGAAUUGGAUGAGUUUCGAUAUACUAAGGAGCUGGUUGAUGAAGAAAGAUGGUUUCGUAAGUCUCAACGUGAAAAAGGCGAUUUCCGUGGUUGGUAUUUCGUCCCAGUUAAUCCAACUGGUGUUAAUCGCUCAUUUGAAAGACUCAUGAAAGAUCAAGAGGCUGCCCAACUAGUUAGUCGUUGA